CAUGUCCGAUGACGGAAGUGGCUGUAGUGAAAAGCGACAGGUGUCCGUCAAGGACCUAAUACCGGAGAGUCGGUUAGCGGUCGUCGCCGGCGAUUUCUUCGUCUCAGAUCCUGUGGUUUACGAUGGCGAUGACGUGUACGAAGUGAAUCUGACGCCCGACGACCGGCAACAAACCCAUCUCCGGUGCUCCGACAUGGAGACGUGGAUGUUACCUGAUACCGAGUAUAUGUUUCUCAGGUGCAUCGCGGGCGCGGAUGCCAAUGAUGUUGAAAAUUUUAUUGAGUAUGCAGAAAAACACCAUUGGUUAGGUGGAAAAAAUAUAUCUUUGAAUUUAGACUUAAGCAAAACCAUAUUUAACAGGCAAACUAAGUUAGUGUUGCAUAAUUCCAAACCACAGAAAAUUUUAGACCACCAUGUUACGAAUGCAUCUCAGCCGUUAAAAAAAACUAAUUUCAUACUUGAAGAUUGGCCUUACGUUAGCUUAAAUGAACCAUUAAUACUAAAAGGAACUGACGAUGAACUUGCACCGUGGAUGAGAUCACGUAAUAAGCAAUUUAACACCUGCACUCCUCCAAAAUCGAAUAAGACGCCACAAUCAAAUUUCUCGACUCAUGAUUAUGAUUUUUUGAAUGGAUAUUGGAAACUACAACAAACACAUCAACAGAGACAACACCAACAAACACAUCAACUGUACCAACAACAACAACAACAACACCUUCACAAAUUAUAUCAACAACAACGACAACAACACCAAUACCAGCAGCAACUCCAACACCAACAACGACACCAACACCUGCAACAGCAAUUACAACAGAGGACCAUUUUUUUUCGACCACCAUCAUCUCGCCAACAUGUAUUUAUGUAUGGUCAGCAACAGAUGAUUGGACCAUACUUAUCCAAUAUCGCUUUCCAGCGAUGGCCAAGCAACUUUUACCAGCGAUUUCCUACCCCAUUUCUACUACCUACACAUUAUCAGCUGGACCCAAACAACAACGAUUCGCCGUCAGCAACUACUACCCAACAGUAAUUCACAUUUUUUAUUCUACAUCGAGCAACGUUCCAUCGACUUUACAUUCCUUUUUUCGAGUACCUACAUGUCUUUGGAUACAAUCAAAUCUAACAGAAGUCAGUAAUUUAGAAUAUCGUUAUUUUUUCAACCUCACGAAUCAUCAUCAAAUGUCGAGGAUAAAAUUGUUGAGAUUUUCGAUGAAAUUAUACAUUUGUCUAUUAUUAGUUACUACUUACUAUAUACACAUUAAAUGAUUAUUAU